AUGAACUCCGAAGAUCCUAAAAAGUUGCACGACCUCGCCAUGAAAGGCAACCAGGCUCCUGCAGUGGAGAUCGGGGCGGGUCAGUCAUACGACACCGCCGACGAGAGAGAUGUCGACAUCGCAGCGAGGAUCCUGGCUACUGCUGAUCAUGAGGGGUCCAUAACGCAAGAAGAGAUGGACGCCGUGCGAUGGAAGAUCGACCGGCAUAUGGUGCCGAUGCUGUUUGUCUGUCUGCAGCUGUCGGGGUGGGACAAAGUUGUAGUCGGCACAGAAGCCAUCUAUGGCAUGAUCGAUGACUUGGGCCUUAGCGGGUACCAGUACAGCUGGGUUGGGUCGAUCAUGUACUUCGUCAACAUCUUCCUCUGGGGUGUCGUCGAAAUGUGCCAUGCCGCCUGCACCAACACCUCGUCCAUCCUGGUCUGUCGCUUCCUGCUGGGCCUAUUCCAGUGCUGCGAUCUCCCUGCCAUGAUCAUCAUCGCAACCAUGUGGUGGCGCAAGUCGGAGCAGCCGGUGCGCAGUGCCAUGACUUGCGCUGUGACGUCGUCCAUUGGCAAUGGGCUCAUUUCCUUCGGGUUCGGCCAUCUCGAGCAUUCUGCCCUGCCGAAGUGGAAGCACAUCUUCCUUUCUGUCGGUGGGCUUACCGUCCUUUACGGCGCGCUGAUGUUCUUCAUCCUCCCGGACAGCCCGGCAGAUGCGUCCUGGCUGUCUGAACGUGAGAAAAUCGUCGCCAUCGAGCGACUGCGCGACGAGAAACUGGGGAUCGAGAACAAGCACUGGAAGUGGGAACAGGCCAUGGAAGCGGUCACUGACUGGAAGAACUGGAUUCUGUGGUUUUUCUUCAUUUCCGUCAACAUCCCGAACGGCGGGCUCAUUUCCUUCAGCACCAUCAUCAUCAACUCGCUGGGUUUUUCGGCGGAGGAUUCGUCUCUUAUGACAAUCCCGACGGCUCUCCCUCGCACCAACAAAGCCGGCCAACUGAUCGGCCUCUACAUGCUAUACGUAUACUGGGCGCCGUACGUAUGCGGCCUGGCCCUGUUCCAGGCCAACACGGCUGGACGGUCGAAGAAGACGACUGUCAAUGCGAUGGACUAUUUUGCGUAUGCAAUUGGCAAUAUCAUCAGUAUUCUCCCAGUAAGAAACCAUGGUAAGUCCAAGGCUGACGGGUUGCAGGUCCCCAAACCUUCGUGGAGAAGCAGGCACCGAAAUACACCGGCGCCAUUGUCGCAAUGCUCCUCUGCUACUGCCUCUGCAUCCUGCUGGCCAUCUUCUACGGGCUGGUGUGCAAGUGGGAGAAUGUCCAGCGGGACAAGUUGCGUGAUGCCAUCGGCAUCGAGUCUGUUGAUGAGCAUGAGGCCGACUUUUUGGACCUGA